AUGGGCAAUCAUAUGCUUAACAACCUUAUCUCCAGAUAUAGGAGCCCCGCCAACGGAAAAGAGGUCGGCUUCGCAUUGUAUGAUGUGAACCAGGCCGCGGUAGACAGUAUCAUCAAACGUCAAGACUCUGAGCACCCCGAUGUGCCUCUCAUUAGUUGCUCAUCACCUUAUGAUGUAGCACAACAGGCUUCUACCAUUAUUACCAUGGUUCCUACUGGAAAGAAUGUCCAGGAAGUGUAUGCUGGCCAUGAAAAGAGUGUCCUGAGCGCUCUCAAAGCUAUGAGUCAAGAUCAGCGCGCAGAUACUCUUUGCAUCGAUCAGUCUACGAUCGAGCAAAGUGUUAGCAAAGCAGUCGCCUUGGAGCUACGAAAGGCCGGCGCAGAUCUGGUGGACGCCCCAGUUUCUGGAGGUGUAAUUGGUGCAGAAAAGGGCACUUUAGCCAUCAUGGUUGGCGGGUCAAAGACCUCUUACGAUCGCUCAGUCCCCGUACUUCAAGCCAUGGCUCGCAAGGUCACAUAUUGUGGUGAUCUCGGGGCUGGACUGGCCGCCAAGAUUUCUAAUAAGUACAUAGUCCAUGAAUCGCUGAUGACAUCAAGUGAGGCGAUCUUGCUGGGGAAAAGACUCGGGGUUGAUCCUCAAGUGCUUGCCAAUAUCAUCAACAACUCUACGGGUCGUUGCUGGUCCAGUGAAAUCAAUCACCCAGUUCCUGGGGUUAAGGCUGGAGACUCUAGCCCUCCGGCUCAUCGGAACUACGAGGGCGGCUUUGUUACAAAGCUGGCUCACAAGGAUCUUGCUCUCGCUGUAUCGGCCGCUGAAGAUGCCAAUGUCCCUCUCGCGGUGGGAAGAUGCGUUGAGGAGACGUAUAGACCGUUGGCCAAGUCCAAGGAGUUUGGAGACCGUGACUUCAGUGUCAUAUACGAGGCUCUGGAUUCCCUCGGUUUUACUAGGCAAAGCUCGAACCUGUAA